GAAGAAAACUCUGUCAUAGUAUUUUUGUUCUUCGCUUUCUUCUCUUUCUCUCGUCGUCUUCUAUUUUCCGAUUCGAGCAGAGUUCGUGUCCAUUCCAGACCUGGUCAAUUUUGCAGAAUGUCUCAGUCAACAGUUGAUGUUCCGCCCAAGGGUGGGUUCAGCUUCGAUCUGUGUAAGCGAAACGAUAUGCUUAUUCAAAAGGGUCUCAAAGCUCCCUCCUUUUUGAAGACCGGUACUACCAUCGUCGGUUUGAUCUUCAAGGAUGGUGUGAUACUAGGUGCGGAUACCCGAGCAACUGAAGGGCCUAUCGUUGCUGAUAAGAACUGUGAGAAAAUUCACUACAUGGCUCCUAACAUUUAUUGCUGUGGUGCUGGAACCGCUGCUGACACUGAAGCAGUCACUGAUAUGGUCAGCUCACAGCUGCGGCUGCAUCGUUACCAGACUGGCCGAGACUCUCGGGUUAUCACUGCUUUGACCCUUCUCAAGAAACACCUUUUCAGCUAUCAAGGUCAUGUCUCAGCUGCUCUCGUCCUUGGUGGAGUUGAUAUCACAGGGCCUCAUCUGCAUACUAUAUACCCACACGGUUCAACGGACACUCUACCAUUCGCUACAAUGGGUUCUGGUUCUCUUGCUGCUAUGUCUGUCUUUGAGGCGAAGUAUAAAGAAGGUCUAACUAGGGAUGAAGGAAUUAAGCUGGUCGCUGAAGCCAUAUGCUCGGGUAUAUUCAACGACCUGGGUAGUGGUAGCAACGUGGACAUCUGCGUUAUCACUAAGGGAAACAAGGAGUAUCUCAGGAACUACAUGGAACCAAACCCAAGAACCUAUGUGAGCAGCAAAGGCUAUUCGUUCACCAAGAAAACCGAGGUUCUUCGCACCAAAAUCACCCCAUUGAUGGAGCGAGUUGAAAUUACAGAAGUGACUGGUGAAGCUAUGGAAGAGUAAAUGAAGUGCUCAAGCUCAAGUCUCCAGCAAGAGCGUAACGUAGUGUGCGUGAGACAUAUCAGUGUUUUGUCUUUUCUUCACCAAUGAAAAUGUUUUAAGGAUUAUUCCAAAUCUUGUGGCUCUGUCCCAUCUUUAGGAUUUCAUUUCACUCUCAUGAGAAUCGGAAAUUUUUCUUUAAAAGUUAAAUACAUUCAACGCUGGUUUUUCCAAA